GGUAAAAGCAUUUAGAGGGAUCUAGACUUUCUAUCUAUUUUUUUCUCUCCUGGAAAACGAAGGAGAGUUCAAUGUAUAUCAUUAUGUCCGGGAGUGCCAGUUGCAAUUCUCCCAAGCGGAUGGUUGUCUCUGUUAUUAAAGCCACACCGUUCCAAUCCAAGUUUGGUACGGAGGAUUUAAACCUGGGGGAUUUUUCAAUGGUUUUUCCCUGCAAAUGGCCGGAAAACUCCAACAGUAUGAGUUUGAGUCCGACCCCCAGCAUUGGAUCAACAGGGUCCGCUUCGCCCAGGCAGAGUCCCGAUAUCGCCGCGUAUAAGGAUGGGAUGAGACGUGGCCGGCCGAGAGCAGAAAUAGUCCGAGAUUUGAUCAACGAGGGCAGUCUGUCCACUAGCCGGAUUCGCUGUCAUGUCUGCAAUCGAGUUUUCCCGAGAGAGAAAUCAUUGCAAGCGCACAAAAGGACACACACUGGUGAGAGGCCGUAUGUGUGUGACUACCCAAGCUGUGGGAGAGCCUUCGUGCAGAGCGGGCAGCUCAAGACGCACCAACGCCUGCACACAGGAGAGAAACCCUUCAUCUGUUCCGAGCCGGGCUGUGUCAGCAAGUUUACUCAUGCCAAUCGGCACUGCGCAAAACACCCGUAUGCCCGGCUGAGGAGGCAUGAAGGUACAACGGAACAAGGCCAGGUCACGGUGGUUGAAGAAGACAAGGCAGUAGUGGAGUGGUUAACAAAGUAUUGGCAGAGUCGAGAACAGCGUCCAGUCCCAGCGCAGGAAGAGGCAGGCUGCCAGAAAUCUGACCAGGAACAGAAAAACCCAAUGAACAACCGAGAGGACGAGGAGGAGGAGAAGGAACAGUGCUAUACCGGGCAACACCUGCAGGAACAGAGAGAGCGGUGGCACGGGGCACUGGCACUUAUCCAGCUGGCAAACCUCUCCACGGAUCAGCUGUACUGAUCAGCCUUCCACUUUCCCCCAACCCCCUCACCAAGCCAAACUUUGCAGAGUGGGGAUGGGGACGAGGAACCAGAAGUGGCAAGCGAGUCCAGUGCAUGGUGUCUCUUUGAGCUCAAGCCUGUGGACCAAUCUCUCUGACUGGAGCUCUUGGAGGUUUAUAGGUGUUGGCCUUAGCUGUCGUACAGCAAGAGUGAAGAUUCUUAUUUGGCCCUUGUCAAAGCUGCAUCUUCCUCUGGUUGCUCAUUUGCUGUUUUCUUUUAAGCAUGUUUUAGCUGGGACCCCAUUGCUUAUAAGUGACAAAAAAAUACUAUCUCAGUCACCAUUUUAAAAACAAAUUUUAAAUACGCAGUUUUGAAAAGAAACAGUAUGUGUAUCAGAGUAGAACAGUUUGCAAUGAUCCUUUACAUUGCGGAGCUAAUGCUUAUUGUGCUUAGCUUCAGGAGUUUUUGUGGCUCGAAGGUCAGAGCUUGUAUUUUAUAAAAUUGUAGAACCUUGCAGUGUGGAAGCAGGCCACUCAGCCCAUUAUGUCCACUCUAAAGAAUGUCCCCUGUCCCUGUAACCCUGAAUUUCUCAUGGCUAAUCCACCUAGCCUGCACAUUCCUGGACACUCCGGGCAAUGUAGCAUGGCCAAUCCACCUAACCUGCACAUCUUUGGACUGUAAGAGGAAACGGAAGCACCCAGAGGAAACCCAUGCAGAUAUGGGGAGAACGUGUGGAGUUUGUGUAGUCACCCAAGAGUAGAAUCAAACCCUAAUCUCUGGUGCUGUAAGACAGCUGUGCUAACCACUGAGUCACUGUAUCAUAAUAGCUUUACAGUCAACUGGAUCCUUUUUGAAGUGUAUUAAUAUAUGGUGGGCCAAUAUCUAAGAAGCAAUAAGGUAAUCACCAGAUCAGUUCUCAUUUAGAGGAGAAAUAUUAACCUGGACACUGAGCAGCUUCAAAAUAGUGAGAUCUUUUACGUGCACCCAAGAGAACAGACAGAACCUCAGCUUUCAUAUUUUAAAAUGAGCCUCUGCAAGUGCCACACUCGCAACACUGCAUUAGAGUUUCAGCCUGGGUUACCUACUGCAUUGGGGCUUCAAUCCACAACCCCUCUGAGUCCAGGGUAAAGAUGCUUAUCUGAAUCCGAAAGGGUAUUCAUGGAUGUUUUCCACUUCAGUGGGUGGUGUGAACCUGUGAAGAUAAGCUGUGAUUUGGAGGUGCUGUUUUGGACUGGGGUGGACAAGGUCAGAAAUCACACGACACCAGGUUAUGGUCCAAAAGGCUUAUUUGAAAACACAAGCUUUUCGAGCCUUGCUCCUUCAGGUGUUUGUAAGAGGGGUAGUAUCAGACACAGAAUUUAGAAGUUAAAAAAUCAAAGGGUCACACCUCUGAGAGAACUAAAGGUUUUAUCUGUGUAAAGAAGAGGUGACAUUUUAGGUCAGACACUGCAUGUUAAGUGUGAGGCCUUGUUUAGAAUCCGUUUUUUUUUGUUUGGAGUCAGUCUGGAAUUAUUUCUCAAGUAAGAAUUUAUAAAACGCCACAUUGACUGUCUAUAAAUUGUGUGCUCCUUGAGCAAAAUAGAAUGCAUCUGCAAGAUGAGCUGAAUAAUGGCAGAACUAAGCCAUCUGCUGGUGCAGUCAGUGGAAAAGUGUUGAGCACUCCAGUUCUGUCUCUCUUUAUGUAAACUGUCAGAAUUCAUCGCCACCUACUGAUGCACAUAGAAACUGCAGCACUUAACAGCACUCCCAAUAAUUACAAAUCUGUCUUGUGUUAAUCAUUAACAAUUUUCCUUUCUCUUAUCCAACUUGUAGACACACGGAGAGUCAGUUAGCUUAGUUGGCUGGAAGGCUGGUUUGCAAUGCAGAGUGGUGCCAACAAUGCAUGUAAAUUCCUGCACCAGCUAAGGUUUUUAUGAAGGCCCUGCCUUCUCAACCUUGCUCCUCGCUUGAAGUAUGGUGCCUUCGGGUUAAACUUGCGAUCAUUUGUCUCUAAUGAGAGAGCAGCUGUAUGGUUCUCUGGGAUUAUGACAACUUUACCUAGUUGCAUGUUUAUUGCUUGACAGAUGUGAAUAUGGACUAUGGGCAAUGUGAUGCUUUAGCUUUUUUGAGCAGUGCUUCUAAACUUAUUUUAUUGCUCAUCUUCUGUCCUUCAGGAAAGGGAAGGAGCUGACACAAAGUUGGUGUUACAUUAAGGCAAAUUGAAAACUGAAGCCAAUUUAGUAACACUGGUAGUUUUACAACCUGGGUCCUCACAUUCUGUCUCAAUUUAAAAAUGAUGGGAGAUUAUAAAGACAAAGAGGAUCCAAAGAAGAAUUAAAUUUAACUCCCAGACCAGGAGAAGACUCUCCAUUUUUCUACCCUCUAAAUGCCUCAAAUUUGCACCUGAUUGUCAGUUUAUUCUGCACCUUUUUAAUUGAGUGAAAAAAAAUCUCUAUCAGUGCUUUCCCAUAGUGUUGCAAGGGUUGGGGAAAUAGGAGGGCCAUGGGGAGCGGUUGAUAAUGGUGCACCAGAGGAUGAGGAGGACAACAGGCAGAAAAGGGAUGUGUGAUUUUGAAGUUGAAGAGGAGCACCGGGACAAAGUAGGAUAAGGAAAAGCGGAAUGGAGCAGAAAGAGCAGUUGGGAGUCAUGGAGGAGAGAACAAGAGGGGAAAACAGACAUGGAGAGGAAGUGGAGAAAUCAAUCUGAAGAGUAGAAUGAAGAGCCAGGGAGACUGAGAAUGGGGGUGGAUGUCGGAGUUGUGUUCAGUGGAUGGGGAGAGAGCUAGAAGAGAUGCCCGAAUAUUCAGUUCUUUUGAGCUUGUUCACAAAAUCCGGAACUGACUUUUUAGCUUGCAUAACAGCAAUGGCACUAUAUUUUUUUUUUGUUUUAGAUGAGUCUUUAACAAGGUCAGAAGAAAUUGGGUGUAGAGGUGGGUUUGUUGACAAGUUUUGUUUUCACCCUGCUCACUAUAGUCCCUGUGACUUCUACUGCAAGUCACCCUUUGAAAAGGUAGAGGCUAUUUAACUUAUACAUUUGCACUACAUGUCAAACCACUUCCAUUUCUAAAAGGGGAGACUUGAGGUUUGGCAAUUGACUGAAUGCCCAUUAUGUGUGGGAUAUGGAUGUGAGUGGAGAAUUUUCUCCACUGGUUCAAGAGGAAUAAACAUUGAUGUUAAAAUAUGAUCUGACUAAUGAAAACAGUGAGAUAUCACUUUGUGUGUGUGUGUGUGUGGUGGGGGGAUGAAGUGAGAAAGGAGAAAUUCCUUUGA